CUCAGAUGUGCUGUGCAAAGAAGAAGCCAUUAUUUCCAGCCGACACACAGACACGGAGCGGGACAGAAACGCUGGUGUGGACUUGUAGCGCCGCCAAAAACAGACUCGUUUUACGGUAAAGAUGUUGACGAAAUCUCUGGUAAACUUCGGACUGUGGGUGAACCGUCAGCAACAUAAAGGGAUCGGGAAAGCAACCGCGGUCCUGGGUGCAGCGCACCAUGGGGACAUCCAGCGUCGACGGACAUCCUCCACCAGCACUGUGAUGGGUGUCAACAAACAGAAAACUAUGGAUGAUUUAGGUGGACCGAGUUUCAUGACUACCUUAUACUGGCUUUUUGUUAAAGGGCAUUUCAAAACGACGCAGCAAAUGCAAAUUGAGCACAAGAAGAUCUAUGGGCCCCUCUGGAAGUCUAAAUACGGCCCUCUGGUUGUGGUGAACGUGGCUAGUGCAGAGCUAGUAGAGCAGGUUCUCAGGCAAGAGGGGAGACACCCGGUCCGAACCGACAUGCCUCAUUGGAGGGGCUACAGAGAGCUGAGGAACCAGGCCCAUGGACCUUUGACAGAGAUGGGAGCCAAGUGGCAGCAGAUCCGCAGCAUCUUGAAUCCUCGGAUGCUGAAGCCCAAACACGUUUCCUCCUACUCGAACACCAUCAAUGAGGUGGUGACGGACUUCAUCGACAGAGUGGCCUGGCUGAGGGGCACCAGUGGACAGGGAGUUAUGGUCAAUGACCUGACUGGAGAACUCUACAAAUUUGCUUUUGAAGGGAUCUGCUCAGUGUUGUUUGAGACUCGUAUGGGCUGCAUGAAUGAAGUGGUGCCUGAGGAAACCGAAAAGUUCAUCUUCUCCGUUGGGGAAAUGUUCCGGCUCUCUCCCAUCAUCGUCCUCUUCCCCAAGUCCCUCUGGCCUUACCUGCCUUUCUGGAAACAGUUUGUUUCAACCUGGGAUCAUCUCUUCAAAGUUGCUGAAGAUUUGGUAAAGAAGAAAGUGGAGGAAAUCCAGGAAAAAGUGGACCUGGAUAAGAACGUGGAGGGCGCUUACCUUACACAUCUGCUCCUAAGUGACCAGAUGACAACUACAGAGAUUCUAGGCAGCAUCACUGAACUCCUACUGGCAGGAGUCGACACAACUUCCAACACUAUCUCAUGGUCUCUUUACCACUUGGCAAAGGAGCCAGAGAUCCAAGAACAGCUGUACCAGGAAGUGAUCAGUGUUUGUCCCGGAGACAAGGUGCCAACCAGCAGUGACAUUGCUCAGAUGCCGUACCUGAAAGCCAUCAUCAGGGAAACACUACGGCUGUAUCCAGUGGUGCCAGGAAACGCUCGCGUCUCCGUUGAAAGUGAGAUUAUUGUCGGAGAUCAUCUGUUCCCAAAAAAGACACUGUUCCACCUGUGCCACUACGCUGUGUCCUAUGAUGAGAACAUUUUCCCCGACCCGCACACCUUCCUGCCUCAGCGCUGGCUCAGAGGAGGGGAGGAUAAGUUCAAGCAGCACCCGUUUGGGUCGGUGCCGUUUGGUUUCGGGAUCCGAGCAUGUUUAGGUCGGCGUGUGGCCGAACUUGAGAUGUAUCUCCUCCUGUCUAGGGUGAUAAAGCACUACGAGGUGAGGCCGGACCCAACGGGAGCAACAGUGAAGCCGAUCACCAGAACCCUGCUCUGCCCCUCUACGCCGAUCAACCUUCAGUUCCUGGACAGGAGAGCUGAGCAGGCGGAGCCGAGAGCAGCUGCAGGAGUUUCUUUGUGAGCUGUUUUAGCAUUCAGCCUGCGUUUCCCUCCCGUCACCGAGCACUUGUUUAUACAGAGUUCACACCAUGAGCACUGACUGGAAUGCACUCACACUGAAGCAUAAAAUUCAAACUGACCUUAGCAGGUUAUGAUGUACGGUGUAUUUUGUUAAAGUGCCUCUUCAUGGAAGUACUAUAAUGUACUUUUAGCUUUUUUUUUUUUUCCUUUUUUUUUAAGUUCUUUGAGCCUUGCAGCGUAAAGCAUUGUGGGUGUAAGUUUAAUAGGGCUCGAUGUUUAAUCUCUGGAUGGCACUUGGAUAUUUUUGUUAUGUUAAUGUGAUAAGAACUUUGUGUUUUUAUAGGGUUAUUUUUGCUCUUGGCUUUAAAAGAGGAAGCUGCACAUCUUCAGCUAUCAAAUCCAGACGUAUUUGGACAGUGAAGUUUUGUUUUCUAAUUUUUCUUGUGGAGACUGGGGACUGUUCUUUCAAAAACACACAAUUACUUCAGUGUAUCUUUAUUUUCACUGGUGUAUUGCUGUCGAUCUGCAGCAUUUCAGCAAGAAAUUGAUUUAUUUCAAAUAGGCUUGUUCCCUGUUUUGGUUUCAUGAUUUUUGUUCUAAUAAUUAAAAUGAUUAUUUCACUCAUUUCAUACACAUUACAUACUGAAACAGUCUGAGCACCUGGUGUUAAACUAAAGGCAAACAAGGAGCUGGACUUUUUAACAGAUGAUAUGAGUUGAUAUAUAAGAAAAAUACAUUUGCUGCUUUUUUUUGUACAUAAAGAGAGAAUUUUAUUAGGUUUCAUCAGUUUUUUUAAUAAAGAUUUGUUUUAACCUUUAAGGCCAUACACAACCUCGCCCCUCCAUAUUUUUCUGAUCUCCUCUGUGUUGCCAAACCGGUCCGUUCCCUCAGAUCCUCCUCUGCAAUUCACCUCAUCUUCACCCCCGCUCGCCUUGUCACCAUGGGGAGUAGAGCUUUCAGCUGCUCUGCUCCUCAUCUGUGGAACUCACUCCCCCCUGACCUCCGCAACUCUGAUUCUAUUCAUUUGUUCAAAUCCAAACUGAAAACACAUCUGUUUAAACUGGCUUACUCACUAUAAUAUGUACAUUGUUGCAAUCACUGUUUUAUGUUUUUCUUGUAUUUUAUUUGGAUUUAUUCAUUGUUGUGUUUUUAUUGUACGGUGACCUUGAGUGUGAGAAAGGCGCCUUUAUAAAUAAAAUGUAUUAUUAUUAUUAUUAUUAUUAUUAAAACUAAAUGUCAUCAGUUUAUAAGUUGUACAGAUAUAUAUUAGGGACAUUCAAUAAUAAAAAAUGUGCCUGCUUCUAAUAUUCCUGAAUUUAGAUUUAUACUCAAUGUCUAAUUUGUUCCUGAUAUAUCUAAUAAAGGAAGACAUAUCAAGUUCA